AUGCAAAUUUACAGUUAUGAUGCUCGAAAUCGUCAAGCGGGAAAAGUUAAGUUAUGGAGUGAACCUAAUUUCUGGGGUAGUAGAGCAACUUUUCGACUUGGAUCACCAGCCCAAUUACAAAUUCAAGAGGUGCGGCCUAGCGAUGAAGGAGUAUACAGAUGUCGAGUUGACUUUAGAAAUUCUCCCACACGUAACAUCAAAGUCAACUUUACUGUUAUACUGCCACCGUCAAAACCAAUAAUCUACGACAUGAAGCGACGUGACAUGAGCAAGCUGUUGGUGGCACAUGCAGAAGGAACUAACCUCACUCUGGUCUGCGAGGUUCGUGGAGGUAAACCAAAACCCCAAGUUCUGUGGUACCUCGAAAACCGAAUGAUUGACGCAACGUAUGAAGAACGUGAAGUCCAGGGACCAACGGGAGAUAUUAAUUUCAUUACUCUAAACCGUAUUACGCUAAAAGAUCUAACUCGAAGCCAACAUCAUGCUAAAUUGACGUGCAAAGCCAAUAAUACCCAUCUAGCUGAACCACCAUCGACUACAGUUAUUAUCGAACUUUUAAUGAGACCACUGUCGGUAAAGAUCGUGGGAAAAGAGCGGAUUGUCUCAGCGGGAAAACGGUAUGAAAUAAAAUGUCGUAGUGCUGGUUCGAAACCACCAGCGAAUUUCACAUGGUGGAAAGGAUCAAAGCAGUUGAAAAAAGGAGUUAAAAAUAUACAAGAUGGUACGACGAGUGAAAGCCUACUUGAAUGGUACCCAAACUACGAAGAUGACGGCAAGUACUUGAUCUGCCGUGCUGAGAAUCCACGAUUAUCCGACGCUGCUAUUGAAGAUCGAUGGAACUUAGCGGUACACUAUAAACCAGUGAUGACACUAAGAAUGGGUUCAUCAUUAAAUCCCGAAGUUAUUAAAGAAGGUGAUGCCGUCUAUUUCGAAUGCAACGUAAAAGCUAAUCCACCAGUGUCGAAUUUGAGCUGGUAUCACCAGGGUAAAAAAUUACAUCACAAUAUAACAGGUGGUAUUGUGCUGACAGAUCACUCUCUAGUGCUCCAGGGCAUUACCCGCAAUUCAGCUGGUGACUAUGUUUGUUCAGCGACAAAUGAUGAAGGUGAUUCGACAUCAAACAUUAUCCAGCUUGACGUUAUGUUUGCGCCAACUUGUAAGCGUGUAGUAAACUUUGACAUUGUGUCAUCAAAGUCCUUUGGAAAGUCAACCCCAUUUUCAUUCAACGUGCCUGAACAACUACAUGGCGCUUUAAAGCACGAGAUGAUCAGUCUGGUCUGUGAGGUCGAUGCUAACCCAACUUUAGUCACCUUUCGCUGGACUUUCAAUAGCAGUAGUGAGAUACGAGAUAUUUCACCAAGUAAAUUUACCACCGACAGCACUAUCAGUCGACUUAACUACACUCCUGUUACUGACAUGGAUUACGGGACUAUCGGCUGCUGGGCCAGUAAUAAUAUAGGAGAAUCUAAAGAGCCCUGUUUUUAUCAAGUCAUUGCUGCAGAAUCUUCUUUGGACGCAGGGAAACCGUACCCAUUGCAAAAUUGCACCGCACAUAACAACAGCAAUACAAAAAUUCGAAUAUCAUGUACUGAAGGAUUUGAUGGAGGACUUCCACAGAAAUUCGUUGCCGUAAUGGACGAUCGUAGAUGGGAAUCUACGAGUCCUAACUGGGUAUUGGAAAUUUAUAAGCCAACUACUGUUGCACUGUAUGCCGUUAAUAUCAAAGGAUCCAGUGAUCCCGUUAUUCUAGACGACAUUGGCCUAAAAGGGGUCGCCAAAUUUACUGGUGACUCAACGUCGUCAGUGGAUAUGUCACCAAUUUUGAUUGGUUUGGGUGGUACAGCAACAGGAUUGGGUCUCAUUGUUACGGGUGUACUAAUGGCAUUGUGGAGACGACAUGCAGCGACACCUACUAAACCAAAACAAUCACAACAACCAACUAUUUCUACAUUCACUGGCAAGGGAGAAGAAGAAGAUGGCAAUCCUGAUAUUAUACCUACUACUGUUUUAAGUAAUCAUUUAUCAGAUAAAAAACUUUCAGUUUACGGUUCUCUGCCGCGCAGGCCAUGCCACCUGGAGGGUCGAGAAAUGCUUCAUGACUUUCUUGAAAAUCCGGAUUAUCCUCGAGCUUCGACUAAUAAUUUUUACAGCUUGCAAAGGCCAAGUCGUUAUUCUGAAACAAUUGUAAGAACAUCGGCGCUUCAAGAAAGCUGUAUUUGAACUUGUUUAAAAAUUCGUGUCAAAAUGACAAAAAAAAUUCUUAUACAUAUAAAUAAAUAUAGGUACACAUCUACAUGAUCACUACUCGAGCAAUGAAUUACUUUUGAUCGAAACAGAAGAAGCCAUUGAAUAAUUUUUAAU